AUCAUCACCACCACCAUCAUCAUCAUCAUCACCAUCACCAACUCCAGCAACAGGUGCAACAACAUCACCAUCACCAGCAUCAGCAACACCAGGCGCUCGUCGGUAUGGAGGCCCAGCAGCCGGAACUCCAGCCGGCCCUGGGCCUGGUAAAGGCUGAGGCCCCGGAAGGACAGCAGUCGGCCGUGACAUCGGGUACCAGCUCAGCGAGCCGACCGAGCGGUAACGGCGGUGUCGGACUCUUUGCCGGCAUCGCCGCCAGCAACAAACGCCCGAGGACCGACGAUUGGCUGGCCCCGGAAUCGCCCAAGGGCCCUCUACCCCAGCAGCACCUCUACAUCUCGGCGCAACAACAGCAGCAGCAACAACAACAACAACAACAACAACAACAACAACAACAACAACAACAACAACAACAACAACAACAACAACAAAAACAACAACAACCACAACAGCAGCAGCAACAACAACAACAACAACAACACACGCCUCAGCCUGUGCAUCAGCAGCAGCCGCCGAUGGCCCACUCGACGCCCAUCACCCAGAAUCAGCAACAACAGCAGCAGCAACAGCAACAGCAGAGCGUCAUUGGAUCCCAGCCACCCAGCAAUAAUGGUUACGCCAGUCCCAUGAGCUCAGGCAGUUACGACCCUUACAGUCCCAACGGCAAAAUUGGAAGGGACGACCUGUCGCCGCCGAGCUCCCUCAACGGCUACAGCGCCGACAGCUGCGACGCGAAGAAGAAAAAGGGCCCGACGCCGCGGCAGCAGGAGGAGCUCUGCCUCGUAUGCGGCGACCGGGCCUCCGGCUACCACUACAACGCCCUCACCUGCGAGGGCUGCAAAGGCUUCUUCCGGCGCAGCAUCACCAAGAACGCCGUCUACCAAUGCAAGUACGGUAACAACUGCGAGAUCGACAUGUACAUGAGGCGCAAGUGCCAGGAGUGCAGGCUCAAGAAGUGCCUCCACGUCGGCAUGCGGCCCGAGUGCGUCGUCCCGGAGUUCCAGUGUGCCGUCAAACGCAAGGAGAAGAAGGCUCAGAAGGAGAAAGACAAGCCGAACAGCACAACGAUGAACGGAUCACCGGGUGGUGGAAUCGGCACGGCCGAACAAAUGGGCGUUAAAAUGGAACCCGCGGAGGCCGAAUCCUACUCGAUGUCCGGUAGUAGCGGCGUCGUCGCCUCCAUAGGCUCCCACAAUGGCAUCAACUACGUAAGUCCCGAGCAGGAAGAGCUCAUCAAUAGGCUCGUCUACUUCCAGGACGAGUACGAGCAACCGAACGAAGAGGACGUGAAAAGGAUCACGAAUCAAUCGACGGAGAACGAGGAUCCGAGCGACGUAAGAUUCAGGCACAUCACCGAAAUAACGAUACUCACGGUUCAGCUUAUCGUCGAGUUUGCCAAGAGGUUACCGGGCUUCGAUAAGCUUCGGCACGAGGACAAGAUCGUCCUGUUAAAGGCCUGCUCGAGCGAGGUGAUGAUCUUGCGGAUGGCGCGCAAGUACGACUUCCAGACGGAUAGCAUUAUAUUCGCCAAUAACCAGCCGUACUCGCGCGACAGUUACACCCUCGCCGGCAUCGGCAACAUCAUCGACGACCUUCUGCACUUCGGCCGGCUCAUGUACUCCAUGAAAGUCAACAACGCCGAGUACGCCCUUCUCACGGCGAUCGUCAUAUUUUCAGAGAGGCCGAACGUGUCAGAGGGCUGGAAGGUCGAGAAGAUCCAGGAGAUCUACUUGGACGCCCUGAAGGCGUACGUGGAGAGUAGACGGAAGCCGAAGGCGAGCGCGAUGUUCGCUAAGCUCCUAUCCGUUCUCACUGAGCUCCGCACCCUUGGCAACCAGAAUAGCGAGACCUGCUCGAACCUCAAGCUCAAGAACAAGAAGUUGCCGCCGUUCCUCGCGGAGAUCUGGGACGUGGCGUCCUAGUCGCCCAGCGCCCGAGAACAAUUGCGGGAAAAAGCCAGCGGGUCGGCCCCUGUCCACAUCGACAUCGUCGUCGUCGCGCGUGACUUUUGUACUAGUGCACCACUAUGCCACUGCCCGACGAUCGUCCUCGUCGACUGACGCCCGGCGGCGAGCCGCUCACCGCUUCGACAUCUCCUACAACUCGCCCGUCUGGCUCGUUGUCUCCCGGCCUCCCUCUAACACUCUUCGCUCCCCGAUCCCUGGAUACUCCAAUUCUUAGCCGUGCGUUAUUUUUCGCCGUCUCAUCGAGGUCCUUCCACGGUCCUUGGGGCACUUGCGAAGUGUCCGCCGACAGUGAGACGGAUCGAAAAGAGCUCAUCGUUGAGAAUACGCGCCAGGAGAUCUAGAGAUCUAGCAAUAUAGAGUGGGAGAGUGUG